GAUAACAUUUCCAAAUAUCGUAAAAUAAUUAAAUUUAUAAAUUAUAAUUUUAUUAUUCGUGCUUUCGAUUCGUUUCGUGUUCUUGAAAAACUUCCUACCCAUCACUCUUCAAUGAAUAUUUCUACGCGGCAUCUACAAAAUCACCACUAGGUGCUCAGUCCGCGUUGAAAUGUUUUUUUACUGUGUACUUUUCAAAAGGUCGAGUACACCGUCGACUUGAACAAUAUUGUUUUUUAGGUCGACAUUUGUCUCGUCGUACAGUCAGAAAAUGAGUUGCGUGACAAUAUAAAAACCAUUGUAAACGACGCAUACGUCUGUUAUCAACGCUUGCAUUUUUGGCGCUCAUCUGCCACUUACUGGAAAUCGUUAUGAAACUGAUGUGAAAACGGUCCGAUUCGAUCAUGAACGAUUGUGGUGCCAAACGAGUAGUGGCAUUAGUCGACAUGGAUUGUUUCUAUUGUCAAGUAGAAGUUCAACACAACCAGUCAUUGAUUGGAAAGCCGGUCGCAGUUGUCCAGUAUAACAGUUGGAGAGGCGGUGGCAUAAUCGCUGUAAAUUAUGAGGCAAGAGCAAAAGGAGUAAACCGACAUAUGAGAGGAGACGACGCUGUACAGGCAUGUCCAGAUUUAAAUUUAGUACGUGUGAAAGAGCUUCAUGGAAAAGCAGAUUUAUCAAAAUAUCGUACAGCCAGCCAAAAAGUAUUUGAGGUCCUCAGUGAAUUUAGUUCUUGUGUACAAAGAGCUAGUAUUGAUGAGGCUUAUGUUGAUUUAACUAGCGUGGUUAAUGAUUAUAUUUCAACUAAUCAUAAUAUAAUAACAGAAAAUGACCUUACCAAUACAUUUGUUGAAGGUUAUUCAGGUCAUAACUCUGAAGAUAAAAGUGUGAGUAUAAAAUCUUGGCUCCACGAUGUAUACAACAAUGAGUUACAAGAUGAUUACUUAUUACGUUUAACAAUCGGAGCUAUGAUGGUUGAAAAAUUAAGAAAAUCAAUUUUUGAAAAAACUGGUUUUCGUUGUUCAGCUGGAAUUGCAAAUAACAAGAUUCUAUCUAAGCUUGCGUGUGGCUUACAUAAGCCUAAUCAACAAACACUGUUGCCACCUUCUAGUGUACCUCAUUUGUUUGAAUCUAUACCUAUUAAAAAAAUUAAAAAUUUAGGUGGUAAAUUAGGAAAUAGAAUUAAGCAAGAAUUUAACUGUAAAUUCAUGUCAGAUUUAGCUGCAAUACCUUUAAAUGAUUUACAAAAAAAAUUUAAUGCCAAAACAUGUAACUUUUUGUGCCAAAUCUCCAAAGGUAUAGAUCAUGAACCUGUGGAAUCUAGAAUUAUACCCAAAUCAAUUGGCAGUUGUAAAUCAUUUCCUAUAGGCCUUAAAGUCAAAGAUGAAAUAAAAUUGUGGUUGAACACGUUAAUCAAUGAUAUUGUAGAAAAACUAAAUGAUGAUUUUGAGGCUAACAAAAGAAAAGCAACAUUGAUGACUGUCAGUGUUAGAUAUUUAGAUAAAAAUACAAAAUUGCCGACUUCACAGUGUUUUGAAGUUACAACAUAUAAUCAUAAUAAAUUAUUGGAUGCUGCCUUCUCGUCAUUGUGCACCAUGACUGAAAAUCAAAAGUCUUUACAUUGGAAAAAUCCAAUAUCUUUUUUAGGUAUAGCUAUUGGAAAGUUUUUAGAAAUUAAUGCCAAAUCAUCAAUAGACAAUUAUUUUAACAAAGGAGCUGUCAAAGAAGAAAAAGAUAAUAACAUUCCAUUACCAAGGCCAGAAAAAAGUACAACUAGCUCUAAAAUCAUUAUUGAAAGUGAUAGUUCUACGCCAAUUAAUCAACAACAAUUUAAUACUAAAGCUAACACAUUAUUGUCUAAUCAUCAUCCAUCAUCAUUAAAUUACUCUAAAGAUAAAAAGAAAGAAACAUGUACUAACGAUGUAAAGAAUUUAAAAACUAUGUUUGCUCAAAUGAAAGAUUCUUCUAGUUCUUCAAUUCAAUCUUCUUCAACAUUACAAAAUAAGAGUUCUAAAAAAGAAAUUAGACAGCAGUAUAAACAUGACAUAAACAGUUUUUUCACAAAAAAAUUGGAAAUUAUUUCUCCGGUUAAAAAUCAAGUAAAUGGGAAAAUAACUACAGUAGUAGAUAAAUGCUCAUCAGCAAGUUCAGUGGGAUUUUUAUCGGAAAGCUCUGAUGUAAUUUAUCCGACAAAAAAAAUAUUGAAGGAUAAUCAUGACAGACCAGAUCAAUCAACAGAAAGUUUUUUCUCAAAAAAACUGGAAAUUGUAUCACCAACAAAACAUCAAAAAAUAAAUGAUUCAAAGUCAGUGCCAAUUGUUCAAUCUUCCAUUACAAAAGAUACUAUUGAUUGUGCAUCUUUUGCGUUAUUAUGCGAACGGUGUAACAAAAUGAUUGAAAUUGAUGCAUACGACGAGCACAUAGACCAUCAUGUGGCAUUAGAAUUGAGCGAAAGUUUGAAUACUAUUAACCCUCUACAACCAUUAAAUAACAAAAUAAUCAAAAAUGAACUAUCAAAAAAGAAAAAAAAUGAGUCUGGUAAAAAACGUAAACACAAUUCAAAAGCUUCAAGUUCAAAUUCCAAGAAACCAUGUACCAGUAUUUCUUCAUAUUUUAAACCACUUUUAAACCCUUGA